AUGGGAACCGAUGCACCCAAGUCAACUGUGGCCAUGGCCGAGGCAGCGCUUUGUGGGCAACACCAACCACAAAAGGCGCCGAAACGCAAACCGGUCCCUGCUGUAUGGCAGGACGUCGCUGCACUGUCGCACGAGUAUGACUUCCUGGCAUCGUCUCUGCUAGCUCUCGCUGCUCAGCACCUGACCCUCUUCAACCAAGCCGACUACUCAGUGCAGGCUCUCGACCUCAGAGUCUCUGCCAUUAAUGGCCUGAACCACGCUCUAUCACGGCCCUGUCGCACGGCAGCUGAAGCCGACGCUCGGUACGCUGCCGUGAUUGCCCUCACGUUUCAGUCGUCGUACAUGCCGGAUGGAAUGAUGGACUUUCUGGCCAUGAUGCGUGGCUGGAUGCUCAUCCAGACCACUCUGGUUGCAGAUCAUACAAAGUCCAUGUUCUGCACUUUCACUCGUGAAUCUUUCGUGGGAAGUAUGGAGAGACAUAUUGAACAACAUGAAGAUGCUGGCAAUGAUACACUCAUCCAAGACUGCCUUGCUUCACUGAAGACUGUUGAACCUCUAUGUCGAGGUAAUGCAGAACGACGCUAUUGGUCUAUGUUGGAGAGGCUCGCGCACCUGAGCACCGUAUCUCCACGUAACGCAUUUCUUGAGAUGGUGCCUUGCUAUGCCUUGACAAACAAGAUGACGGACGACGAGUACACCGGCUUCACAGACGCUUCUAAUCACGUGGCCCAAGUGCUCCUCGCCCAUUUCCUCAUGCUAGACCACAUCUUGGAGACUUGUUUCUCCGAGACCACCACACGUCAUUUCGCUUUCAGCAAGGGCAUUACGCAGGCUUGGAUCAACAAUAUUGCAAGUGCUCUUCCCAAGAGCUUCCAGAAGUACAUGAUGUGGCCGUUAGGUUUGGCAAGGGGUUUUGGAGAGUCUCCAUGCUAG